CACCAACCAACCAACCACGUUCAUAGUUAUAAUCUCGCACGCGCAUUCGUUCUCAUCCUGAACAAGAAAAAGAAGGAUAUCAAUUUUUUUUCUUUUUCCCCUUCUUUUGGUUCCCCAAAUCCCCAUUCAAAUCAUGGGUUUCAGAUCCCUCUUCAACCGAAAGAAGAAACUCCUGAAGGAAUCAGCUCUGUCAGCCUCCACCACCACCACCGCUACCACCACGGGCGCGGUGAUCUCACGCGCACCCUCUCUCUCGCUGCACUCACGUGCCCAUUUCACAGAGGAAUUGGAGAAGGUGUUUGAGAAAUUCGACGUCAACCGCGACGGCAAGAUCUCUUCCUCGGAGCUAGGCUCCAUUAUGGGGAGCCUAGGGCAAUCCGCGACAAAGGAAGAGCUAGACAACAUGAUCCGCGAGGUGGAUUCAGAUGGCGACGGUUACAUCAGCCUUGAGGAAUUCAUUGAGCUGAAUACCAAGGACAUUGAUCCAAACGAGAUCCUUGAGAAUCUAAGGGACGCGUUUUCAGUUUUCGACAUUGACGGCAACGGUUCGAUAACCGCUGAGGAACUGCACAAUGUUAUGGCAAGUCUCGGCGAUGAGUGUUCUUUAGAGGAGUGCCAGAAAAUGAUUGGCGGUGUUGAUAGCGAUGGAGAUGGGAUGAUCGAUUUCGAGGAGUUUAGAACGAUGAUGAUGGGGCCUCGUCGUGAAUCGAUGGCAAGAAUUUAGGGAAAAAGUGAAGGAUUUUAUUAUCUUUGUUGUGCUCAAUGUAAAUUGAAAUUAUCACUUCUCUUCUUGUUUCAUUAAUUUUGUGUUCCUAAACAUAUUAUAUAAAGCUAUUUUUUUGAGCUUUAAUUUUUCAA